AUGUGUAAGGAUUUGAUGAACCAAUCGCAACAUUUACAAAAGGUGAUUGAUCAUUUCACUAAGGAACAAAUUGCAAAUAAUCGGUUGCAAUUGAAGGCCUCAAUUUAUGUUGCUCGACAUCUUGCCUUUCAAGCUAUAUCUUUUAGAGGUCGAGAUGAAAGCUUUACUUCAUCUAAUUGUGGGAACUUUCUUGAAACGUUGGAUAUUGUGACUUUUUGGAAUGAGAAGGUUGCUGAAAUAAUACAAAAAACUCCUAAAAAUGCAACCUACACAUCACCUGGGAUUCAAAAGGAAAUUCUACAUGUUUACUCAGCCAAAAUGAAGAAGGCAAUUCGAGAAGAAAUUGGUGACGCAAAGUUUUGUAUAAUAGUUGAUGAAACUCGUGAUGAGUCCAUGAAAGAGAAAAUGGCUGUGGUUUAUAGAUAUGUUGAUACAGAAGGUUUUGUGAAAGAACCUUUUUUUGGACUUAUUCAUGUUGUUGACACUGCAGCUUUGACUCUAAAGAAGUGGAUAUAUUCUUUGUUAUCUCAGCAUUGUUUAGAUAUACAAAAUAUUCGAGGGCAAGGAUAUGAUGGAGCAAGCAACAUGCGAGGUAUGUGGAAUGGAUUACAAGUUUUGAUUUUGAAUAAUUGCUCAUAUGCUUACUACAUUCAUUGUUUUGUACAUUGCUUACAAUUGGCAUUAGUAAAAGCAUCAAAACAAGUUGUCCCCAUUAGUGGGUUUUUUCUAAAAUUGAUUUUGGUGAUCAAAACUGUUAAUACUUCAUGCAAGCGUAAUGAGAAAUUGAAAGUUUCCAAUGCUAAUGAGAUAGUACGAUUGAUUGAUCUUGAAGAGCUUGAGACUGGAAGUGGACUUAAUCAAAUUGGCACUUUACAACAACCUGUAGAAACAUGUUAG